UCUGAUUGCUCAUUGUGGUUCUGUAAAACACCACCAAAAGAUGCUUUGCUGCUGGAUGGAGACUAGGGAUAAGGUCAGACAUUGUCCAUGAAUUCAAGCAAACAAUGAAUCUUCUCAUUUAUAAAAUUAGAACUGCAAAAAAAAAUUAACAUGCAAUCCCCACAGAAUUCAUUUUACUUGUAAGUGUAAGAGAGAUCAUUCAGAUUUAGCACAUCAGCAACUCUAUUGUACAGUUAAUUUUUCCCUCUGAGAAAAGCAUUUAGCUGGUGUUUGAAUAUGUAUUCCCAAGGUAGUUUUAGGAACCCAUCCUCAAUGUCUAGUAUAGGAGAUAGGAGUCAGCCUGCUAGAAACUCAGCAGAGAUAAAAGAGGAGGAAUUGUCUGUCCCUUCAAAUGUAACCAGAUUGUUUGCAGAGAGUGAUAACAAAAAUAUGAGAAUGGUGCCUAUCAGAGAUGUUAAUCCAGGUGAAGCAGCACCAACCAAGAGCAAGAAGGCUCUUCAGGAAGAAAUGCAGGAUGAUAUUUCUGAUCUGGUUUCCAGGCUUACAAAGCUGAAUUCACUAAGAAAAGCUGAUGAGGGUGAGGGAGGGGUGAAGGUGAUCACAUUGGCAGGAGAAAACAGAGGAGCCACUAUGGAUUUUGGGUCUGAGAAUGGGCUAGUAGAUAUACAUAGAGGAUACAAGUUGAAUCAGGAUGCUCAGAAUAAGGAUGGAUUGAAUGCAAAACCAGAAAGUAAGGAGGGUACUUAUGUAAACAGCAAUGUACAGGGCAUCAACAACUCUAUCAUGUACAAUAGCUCUUGCCCCAAUAGAGAUCCAGGUGUGCAUAUGGGUCUUUCCAAAAUGUCUCAUGAGCAAGAUCAUGGUAAGAGUCCAAAGAAAGGGAAAAGUAUUGAUCUUAAGCCUCCAGAAAUAAGUAUAAGCAGACUACCUCCUCCACCUGAUCCACCUGUGAAGAGGAGAUGUCUAAGAGCUAUGUUUCUGGAAUCCAGUAGCGACUCUAGCCCUGAGAGAUCAAGAGAUAGGACUCCCAAACAGAGAAGACAUGGAUGCAGAUAUGAAUGCCAGGGCCAUGGUGGCAGUUGCAAGGAUAAAACACCCAGCAACCAGCAUGCACAGGAAGAGGAGCCACAACUCUCUGCUGAUAAAGGAUUAGAUGAAAAUCACAAAGCCAAGGUUUCUUGUUUUGGAAGAAGACUUCUUUGCAAUAGAAGUGGAUCAGUCAAGGACAGUAAAUAAGGUUCCCUGCCUUGAUAUACAGGGGAUAUUUUCAUUUACAAUUUCUGCACAUGUAUACCUGUAAAAAUAGAGAUCAUAGUAGUAAAAGGAUGUAAAAAAUAAUAGAGGCUUAUGGUAAAUUCUGAAAAAUGAGGUCUGGAAAACUCCCCUGCUGGAUUGAGAGCAGGAGAGGAGACUAACAUGGUGGACCAAUGGAACAGAGAAGAGGACUUGAAUAUUUUGAGCUCUUAGUAUUGAACAUGUCUUACCAUGUGAUCUAUAAUAAUUAGUAGGCUACUGUUCUUAAAGCAAAA